AUGGACAUCCUGUGCCUCUUCGGGGUGCUCCAUAUCCUGAUCUGCACGGUUGAUGUAGAAGCGGUGUGCUUUGGCACCAUGACGUGUGGACUCCAGAAGGUCAGGCGUCUCUCCUCCAUCUCCUCAGUCCUCAUGCCUACCCUCCUACUCACCACUGAGUGGCUCUGGUACUGGGAGGAAGGGAAUGGGAACUGGAACCAGUACGAUUCACCGCCCAACAGCAGCACAGAGCUGGAGCAGAAGUUCCAGAACGACCCCCAGGAGGUGGUGGAGUUCACCGCAGGGUCCCAUGCCUACACACUCAGCCUCCAGGACAUGAUCCAGACCAAUAAGAGACACGGCACCAAGAGGCUGGUGAGGCGACGGCCUCGCUUCCUGUCCUCUGACGACGUGCAGGACAUCAGGACAAGGUGCGUUCCACCUGGAGGACGGACGAGAAGAGAAGUCAAAUGUCUUGGUCCCGAUACACAAGUGGCUCUCAAACUCUUUCUACUAGUGUACCCCCUCUAA